UUCGACUGUCACAUUUUGCUGAUAAAAGUUUUUUUUUGCAAAAAUCAAACAGCCGCUGUGUUAAAAAACUUAGAAUUUCCUUCUCUAAUUUUAUUUAUUUAUAAGUCCACCAUGUCUUUUCAUUGGUGUGAUAACUUACAUACGGCUGUUUUUAGUCCUCGGGACUAUCAAGUCGAACUUUUAGCAGCAGCUUUUGAACGUAACACGAUGAUAUGUUUGGGUCAUAAGUCUUCCAAAGAAUUUAUCGCUCUCAAGUUGUUGCAAGAAGUAGGCCGUGUUAAAAGCACCCAAGAAACAAAAAUAAGUAUUUAUCUAAGUGUUAACAAUGCACCCGCCAUGUUCACCAUGUUGCUGCAUUUAACUGAUCUGAAAGUGUAUCAAGAAACUUCUGCGGCAUCAAGUAUUGAACUACCAAUGGAUUAUCAUGUUUAUAUUCUACAUCCUCAAACUUGUUUGGAAUUGUUGCAAGAAAAUAAAAUCAAAAUAGAAAAUAUAAAUCUAUUAGUAUUGGAAGACUGCCAUCAGGAUGUUGUUCAGCCAGAUAUUAUAGCAAUAUUUAAGAAUUUUUACAAACCCAAAGAAUUGAAGUACAUGCCAAAGGUAUUGGGUUUAGCCGGGCCUUUACAUAGUGCCGGUUGUGCAUUAGCAGAACUUUCAGCAAUGCUUAAUACUUUGGAAAGUACAGUACAAUGUAAAACGGAAACGGCAAGUGAUAUAGUUACAGUAUUAAGAUAUUGUGCCAAACCUUUUGAAUUCAUUGUCCAAUGUGCUCCUUAUAAACAAAGUGAAUUGUGUUUGUUACUUCAAGACAUUCUAUUAACUCGUAAGGCAUUUCUUACGGACCAUCGUUACGAUCCCUUUGAAAUUUAUAGCACCGAUGAAUUCCUAGAAGAACUUAAAGACAUUCCAGAUCCUAAAAAGGAACCACUAGAGUUUUUAGAUAUAAUGUUGCAAGUUUUAUUGGAAAUGGGUCCGUGGUCCGCCGACAGAGUGGCUUUUAAUAUGUAUCAACGCAUAGAGAAACAAAAGAUAAAAACUCCGCACGAGCGACACUAUAUUCUACUAUGUCUAGUGAAUACAGCACUUUUAGAAGUGCACGCAAUAUGUGAGCAAAAUUUUCGAAAAUUUAAGAAUAAUCAUAAAGAGUGCGUUGAGAAUUAUUCCAGUCCAAAGGUAUUAAGACUCUUGGAAGUUUUACGACUAUUUAAGCCGGAUGAAAAUACAAGUAAAAAUGAUACAAUGAAACGCAUAAGUUUAGAAUUGGAUACAAUGGAUUUUCAAAAACUUACUCGCAUUCUCGAAACCAAGUGUCAUUCGGUUGAACAGGCCGUUGAGAAACAACAGCUAGAAUCUCGAUCUAUUGUUGAGAAUCUUGAUUCGAUUGUUAAACCUGAAUUUCAAACGAAAAGUAUAAAUGAAAAAUUAAAUUCUGGUACAGAAGUUGAAAGUAAAACUGUAAGCAAUAAUAUAAAGACUGAUGAUUCUACAAUUUUAAAUAAUGUCCAACCGAUAACAAAUCGUCGCCAUUCCUCUAGUCAUAAUCAUAAUCGGCCCAAAAGACGCCCAUUUCGACGCCAUCAUCGUGAUCAACACGAUGCCGCGGACACGUUGUGUUCUAUAAUAUUUUGUAAUUCAAACUACUCAGCUCGUGUACUAUUUGAAUUGCUGGCCGAAAUGAGUAGACACGAUCCCGAUUUAAAGUUUAUUAAAUGUCAAUUCACCACAGACCGAGUAGCCGACCCAGUAACAGAGCCAAAAGAAGCUGAAGCGGAGCAUCGUCGACAAGAAGAAGUUCUGAAACGCUUUCGCAUGCACGAUUGUAACGUUUUAAUUGGUACUUCUGUUCUAGAAGAGGGAAUAGAUGUCCCUAAAUGUAAUUUGGUAGUUAGAUGGGAUCCACCCACUACAUAUCGUAGUUAUGUUCAAUGUAAGGGAAGGGCUAGAGCGGUACCAGCUUAUCACGUAGUAUUAGUUGCAUCUGACUGGAAAGACUUAAUAAAUUUGGCGGCCACAAAUGAACAAAUCAAAGAUAGUAGCCAUCGUUUAGUAUGUAGUUUAGAAGAGGAUGAAGACAACUCCAUAACAGAUUCAGAUAAUUCGGAAAAAGGAGAUGAAGACGACGACAGUAAAGAAGAAGAGAACAAUCAAAUUAAUGGUAUUUGUACGAAACAAAAGUUUAUAUAUGGUUCCAGCAAAGGCACAAUCAAAAUAUUAAAUCCAGAAGUGAUAACUAACAAACAUCCCUCAAAGCCUUCUACAACUAAUAGCGAUUUAAUUUUGAAAGAAAUCAAAGAAGAAACUUUAGCUUUAGAAGAUAUAUCGAAAAACGAUCUGGUAAAUAAUGAUGUCGAGAUUAAACAUGAGAACAGCUCCAACAAAACAGUAUUGAAUGAAGGCGAAAAAAACACUUUAAUUGAUUCCAUUAGUUUAAAUCAAAGCUUUAAUUCCGAUAAAUCUGUGAUACAAUCAUACAAUAUUGAUAAAGAUAUUAAUGUAGAUGAAAGAAAUAGUAGCGGUGAUAGUAACAUAAACGAAUCUCUUUGCGAUAAACAUAAUCUAGAUUCUAAAAACGAAACUUCUAGCUCAUCAAUAAUAAAUGAUGAUUAUAAAGUUUUUGAUAUUGAUGAUGCUCUGAAAAACUUGGAAAAUAUGGGCAAACAUAUGCAUGAAGAAGCAUCAAAAGCUAUACCAAAAGUAAGGGAAAAGAAAAAGUUUUUCUGUAUGCUCCACGAAUUAAAUAUUGAAGAUAAUAGUCAAUAUAUGGCCGAAAUCAAGCAGUUUGAAAAUAUGGACAAUACAACAAAUACAAUUGUACAGCAAAUGGCAGAAUAUAGGGAAAUUGAAAAGAUGCUUCUACAAAAAUGCGCCAAUGUCGAACCUCCUGAAAAUGAACACAGGCAAGCUGAUAUUUUUAACAAUUGUAUUAAACCGUAUAAACCUUUAGCUCGUCUACUGACGGGAGCUUCGGUUGAUUUAAGUAAUUCCAUAGCAUUGGUAAAUAAAUACUGUGCUAAAUUGCCAAGUGAUACCUUUACUAAACUGACGCCACUGUGGCGUUGUGCCCACACCAAGCGUAAUAACAUAACAAUGUACCAGUACACCAUACGAUUGCCAAUUAAUUCACCUUUAAAGUAUGACAUUGUUGGUUUACCAAUGCCUACACAUAUAUUGGCGCGAAGAAUCGCUGCGUUACAGGCCUGCAUAGAGUUGCAUAAAUCUGGAGAAUUAGAUGACAACUUACAGCCAAUAGGUAAGGAAGGGUUCAGAGCGAUUGAGUCAGAUUGGGAAAAUUUUGAAUUAGAAGAACAAGAUGAAAAAAUUGUAAUGGAAAAUUCUGAACCGAGGCCGGGUACUACAAAGCGAAGACAAUACUAUUACAAAAGGAUUGCUUCAGAGUUUUGCGAUUGUCGACCUAUUGCUGGCGUACCAUGUUACUUGUAUUUAUUGGAUCUUACUCUACAAUGUCCUAUACCGGAGGAACAAAAUACCAGAGGCCGCAAAAUAUAUCCGCCAGAAGAUGCUCUGCAAGGUUUCGGCAUAUUAACUCUAAAGAAAAUACCAAAAGUUAGUUCAUUUCCCAUAUUUACACGUUCAGGGGAAGUUAAGGUUUCUUUGGUUUUACAUCCUAAACGUGUGAUAUUAACGGAGAAGCAAAUUUCAUGCAUAAACACAUUUAUCAACUAUACAUUCACAAAAGUAUUGCGUUUGAAAAAGUUUUUAAUGCUUUUCGAUCCAGAGUCGACCGAAAACUGUGUAUUCAUAGUGCCCACGGUCAAAACAACAGAUGAUGACAAGACUAUCGAUUGGCAAUUUUUAGAGCUUAUAGAACAGAACGCCAAUAUGAUGCCUACUCCAGUGCCCGAAGAAGAACGUCAUGCCAAAGAAUUCUCUGCGGAUAAAUUUAACGAUGCCGUUGUAAUGCCCUGGUAUCGUAAUCAAGAUCAACCUCACUAUUUCUAUGUGGCCGAAAUAUGUCAACAAUUGUCUCCUUUAAGCAUGUUUCCCAGCAAGAAAUAUCGCACAUUUAUGCAUUAUUAUUAUCUAAAAUACGGGUUGAAAAUUCAUCCAAAACAACCAUUGUUAGAUGUAGACCACACUAGUGCUAGAUUAAAUUUCCUAACACCACGAUAUGUCAAUCGUAAGGGUGUUGCUUUACCAACAAGUACUGAGGCAACUAAACGAGCUAAGCGUGAAAAUUUGGAGUUAAAGCAAAUUCUUGUGCCAGAACUGUGUACUGUGCAUCCAUUUCCAGCAUCAUUGUGGCGCACGGCAGUUUGCCUACCGUGCAUUCUUUAUAGAAUAAACGGUCUACUUUUAGCUGAUGAUAUACGCAAAAAAGUCGUAAGAGAUAUGGGUUUAGGAAAAAUUGAAUUGGAUGAAGAUAAAGAAUGGCCGAUGUUGGAUUUUGGAUGGAGCUUAAGUGAUGUUUUGAAGAAAACAAAGGCCAAUAAACUUAAAAAUUCUGAUGAUGAUAAUGACAAUGGCGAGAAACCAUCAAACGGAGAAAAUUUUGAACAAAAAGAUAAUGAUGUUGAAAAUCUUGAGGAUUUAUUAAAAUCGGACAAAUUGGAUAAGACAUCAAUGGAUGAAGAGUGCAAUGCAGACGAAGAAGCUGCUGGUUUUGUCGAAAUAGGUACAUGGUCAAAUGAAAUGGCUAAUAAUUUAGAUUAUCGAUGUUACACCUCCGAUACGGAUGAUGAGGACUAUGAUGAAGUCUUGGAUGAUUUAAUUCCAGUGUCCUAUAAAAUUAGUGAAAAGGCAGCAAGGGCCACAUCCCCUACAUUUACCGACAUACAGUUGGAUGAAAAAGAAGAUUUGCCUCAAAAAAAACCUAAAGCAAAAAAACAAGAACCUGUUUUUGCAUACUAUGAUUCUGAUAUAUCAUACGCCGAAUCAAGUUUCGACAGUGAUGUUGAAAUGAUAGACAACACUGAGUCUACCGAUGAAGAUGACAUAAUUAUAACUUCAAAGAAUGAAGCUGAAACAAUAGAAACCGAACAGGAUAUAGAAAAAUUAAAUAAACAACUUUCGAUCAUACAAGCUACAAAGGCCAAUGAUCGAGAUUAUCAGGAAACCAAAAAUCUUCAAGUUGGUUAUAAUUUUAAGGACAUUAAACAUGAAAUUUCGGAAAACUUAAAACAAUCUAUUGAACAAUUUAAAAAAUCAACACAGCAAUUAAUUUAUGAUAUACGAAAUUCGGGUAUGUUGGUUGAGUAUGAUCGCAACAUAAAACUACCAGCGAAAACUAAAGAAUCCAGUAAAGAUAAAAGCGCAUUGGAAUUGUGUUUGGAUACUUAUAAGCAAUUUAUACCUUACGCAAGCAAUGAGGAAUUAAUGAUCUUGCUAGAAAACGGUCAAGCAACUAAUAAAGCCUUAUCUCUUGAUGCGUUGCUCUCUUUUAAUUUGAAGUGGUUAAGCCAACAUCACGAAGAGUUGUAUACAAUUGAUGGGUGUGGAGAUUUAUUCGAUAAUUUCAAUGACUCUCGAGAAAUUAUUUUGUCCGAGACAGGAAAUAAACUAAUACGUAUUGACUUCGAAAGCCAAGGGAAGGAAUAUAAAAAAGAAAAUGACUUGAAAGAUUUCUCAAAUGAAUAUAGCAAAAAUUUAAAACAUUUUCCUGUAGAGAAUUUUAGUUUUGAUUAUCAACCUGAUUUGUCUACACAUCCAGGACCUAGCCCCAGUAUUAUACUACAAGCCCUGACCAUGUCAAAUGCAAAUGAUGGUAUAAACUUGGAAAGACUGGAAACCAUAGGUGACUCCUUCCUGAAAUAUGCUAUUACCACGUACUUGUAUAUUACAUAUGAAAAUGUGCACGAGGGAAAAUUAAGUCAUUUGCGUUCAAAACAAGUUGCCAACUUAAAUCUGUAUCGCUUGGGCAGGCGAAAACUUUUGGGUGAAUAUAUGAUUGCAACGAAAUUUGAGCCAAGCGACAAUUGGCUGCCGCCUUGUUAUUAUGUACCCAAAGAAUUAGAAAAGGCAUUAAUAGAAGCCAAAAUACCUCCACACUAUUGGAGUUUAGUUGAUUUAGUCAACAUUAAAAAGCUUACCAAUGCUGAAAUUUGUGAAUUGGUUCGUAAAAAGGCGGAUGAAUGGGGUUGCAAUUUUUCGGAUCAGGAUGAUAUAGGAGAAGGAAACGGUGGUAAUACAACAACAGCGAACCACGAUUGGGAUGAUCCAAAUUUUGUUCCUUUAGAGUUUUCUUGUUUUAUACCAUAUAAUCUAGUAUCACAGCAUAGUAUACCAGAUAAAUCUGUUGCCGAUUGCGUUGAGGCUUUAAUAGGAGCAUAUCUUAUUGAGUGUGGUCUAAGAGGAGCAUUACUUUUUAUGGCUUGGUUAGGCAUUCGUGUAAUACCAUACGAACGUGUGCCGUUUGAUUCAGAAAAAGUAAGACAGCCCGGUACUACUUUACCUGACAACGAAGGAAUGAUAACCGUUUAUGGUUCAUGGACUCCUCCAAAAUCUCCACUGUUACACUAUAUACCAAAUGCAGAAAAAGCGCUGGACGCUUUACUGGAGGGAUAUGAUGAAUUUGAAAAAAAUUUAGGUUAUAAAUUUCGUGACAGGUCAUAUUUAUUACAAGCCAUGACCCAUGCUUCUUAUACACCAAAUAGAUUGACAGACUGUUAUCAACGUCUCGAAUUUUUGGGGGACGCUGUACUGGAUUAUUUGAUAACGCGUCAUUUAUAUGAAGAUCCUAGACAACAUUCUCCGGGAGCCUUAACCGAUUUACGCUCAGCAUUAGUCAAUAAUACCAUAUUUGCCUCAUUAGCAGUUAGACAUGGCUUUCACAAAUAUUUCAGACAUUUGUCUCCUGGUCUCAAUGAAGUUAUUGACCGUUUUGUGCGUAUCCAAACUGAAAAUGGUCAUAGUAUAAGCGAAGAGUACUAUUUGCUGUCCGAAGAGGAAUGUGAUGAUGCUGAAGAUGUUGAGGUUCCAAAAGCGUUGGGCGAUGUCUUUGAAUCCGUAGCAGGUGCCAUAUUCUUAGAUUCGAAUAUGUCCCUAGAUGCUGUAUGGCUAGUUUACUACAAUAUGAUGCGUCCUGAGAUAGAACAAUUUAGCAAUUCUGUGCCAAAAUCUCCCAUACGAGAAUUGCUAGAAUUAGAGCCUGAAACUGCAAAAUUCGGUAAACCUGAAAAGCUGGCUGACGGACGUCGUGUUCGCGUUACUGUUGAAGUUUUUUGCAAGGGUACUUAUAGAGGAAUUGGUAGGAACUAUCGAAUAGCUAAAUGUACUGCUGCAAAAUGUGCUUUACGUCAAUUAAAGAAAAAGGGUUUAAUAGAAAAACGAGUAUAAUCGAAUUCAUAAGUCCCAAUUUUCGUUUUUAAUAUUACCCUCUUAUCUAUUUAUUAAGUCUUAAUGUCGUUUAGUAGAUAGUUUGUAAUUAUAAAUAUACAUGUCAUUGUGUGUUAAUGCCGCAAAAAAAAUUUCAAAUAAUACCAUCAUUAUGUUUUAGUGAUAUUUUUUAAAAUUCUUUUAACAAA